UAUUAAUGCAAGUAUUGCCACCAGCAGAGAGAGUUUUACAUUUUUAAGAGACCAAGAGUUGGUUCAAUUCAAGACAUUCAUCUAAAGUGAAGGAGAAGUAUUUGAAGACAGAGAAGGAAUUAUUUGAUGAUAAAAUUGUUACAGAAACUUUCCAUUUGAUUGACAGAGAUCAUUCAAGUAUAAGAUUAGAAUAAAACUGUCAGAUACGAUUGAGAUGGAUGAAUUAUAUUCUAUGUUGAAGAAAAACAAUUAUCCUGUGAAUUUGAGGCUUUUGAAGGAAUUUUUUGAAAUGACUGAUCGUGACGGGAAUAGUAAUAGUCUAUAAAUAAACUUAAGAAUGUAUUGAUUUGGAUGAGUUCAAGUAAGUUAUUAAGGAUGAAAGAACUUCAUAGAGUAAACAUAAUGAUUGUAUUGAAUAGCAUUUAGGACAUUGAUGAGGAAGAUGAGAGAAAUAGGAGAUGAGAAUUAUUAUUCCACCGAUUUCGUAAAUUUACUGAGAUAUUUGUCUUAUUGUGCCAAUCGAACUGAUCUGAUAUGGCAAAUAAAAGUACCUAUUCAUCAUUAUAUUCAUAUCAAUUAUAAAGAAUACGCGUCUAUCAUUCGAAUAAAGAUCUGUGUUAGUAUCAGAGUUGUUUAAAGUGAAUCAAUAAUUUACAAAGGUAUCACAUCCAAAGGAGGAGCAAGCAUGUACAUUGAGACCUUUUAUGAAGAAGAAGGGUCAAGGUGAAAUCAAAUAUCUUACUCCAAUAAAGAGAAAACCUCAUCUAUUAACCAACAUGUCCACCAAAACCAGAAUAAGCACUAGCAAUCAAAAUUCAAUAUUAUCUUUCGAUUUAAAAAGUAUUUCAUCGCCAAGAUUGUCUCCUCUAAAAACAGAUAGAGGGGUAUUCAAAAAGAAGAUGAGUAUCACCCUUACUCCAUCCACUAAAUCCACUCUGAUUUUGACAAAGUCAGUCAAAAAGAUUAAUAACAAGUUUUGA